UGUGAGUAGUGUCGUUAAACUGAAAUAACGUUUGAUAUUGAAACUGAUUAUAAGUUUGUGUUUAAAUUAAAUGUAAAGUGUUAUCGGAACCUUCCUGGCGAUUAUUCUUUUUUUCCUGGAAUUAUGGAAUGAAUUACUUUGAUCGUGAAGGAGAUAAUAUGAUAGUUUAUGGCUAAUGGCUGAUAAAAUUUAUUAACUAGGACAAAGUGGAUAUGUGUUGCACCAAGAAAAAAAUGAGUGCAACUGAAGGUCUGUCAGACGGCCAAUAGCUCACUAUACCUGACAGAGAUGUAUUCACCUCAUUCUCAUGUGGAUGAGGAUAGGAACUGGACGGAAGCCGACCUCAGUUUGGAGAAGGCUUCGACUCUCGUUGGCUCUAUAGUGUACCUGUGCAUUCUGAUGGUAGUUGGAAUGGUAGGAAACAUUUUCGUCUUGCUGAUAUUUUACUUUAGAUUCAGUCCAUCAACGCAUAGAUGUUUUAUAAUUACUCUUGCCAUCUAUGACUUUUUCGCGUGUGCGGUCGGUGCACCGUGGGCAAUCGCGGAGUCAUUCUUUGCAUUUAAUUACCAUGACGUCGCCACCUGUAAAAUAUUCAGAUUUAUACUAUACUAUACGUGUGUAGCCUCGAGUUUGACGUUGGUUCUUAUUGCAAUUGAACGAAGUAGAAAGAUAUGUACGCCACUUAAAUCGCAGUUCAGUAUCCCUAUGGCGAAGAAGGCGAUAUAUGUUGUGCUGCUAGUAAUUUCCACCAUCUCCGCCAGCCCAGCAUUAGUGCUUUAUGGGAACAAAACUAUUCCGACAGGAUAUAAAAAUGUCACUGGCACAAAGUGCUUUGUUACCGAUCAUUUUAGUGACACAUUCUGGCCAAAAAUGUUCAACAUCUAUCUGCUAGCUCUUGCAUUUUUGUCAACGGCCAUUAUGGCAGUAUGUUAUAUUCGAAUAGCAAGAACCGUAUCCAGAAUGGGUACAGAUAGCAUAGCAAAGCGAAUGAGGGCAUCCGAAAAGUGCAAUGUGAAGUCGGAAGAUUCGGUUCCUCAAAGCGAGGACGACGUAAACGAUUCCGAUUCCACAUAUCAGCAGGAUGUCAACUCCUCAAACAAGGAGCAAAAUCACCGAAUGUCACGUGGUCAAGUAAGUGUGACGUCACGUGAUAGUGUUAAAGUCGCAGGAGGUUCUGGAAUCAGAAAUAAUUUACGGGACAGAUCAUCGAAGUGGGCCAGUAAAGUGUUACGGCGUUUGUCGUCAAAAUCUGGACGGAAGACAUUACGUGUUACUAAAAUGUUAACGCUUGUAACUGUCGCUUUCGUUGUCAGCUAUUUACCUCACCUUAGCCUGCAGCUGUGGAGUACGUUUACUUCAAAGGAGAAAGAAAAUACCUUACCAACAGAAAUCCAAUAAAUAUUCUUCGUGCAGUCAUCGAAAUAACGAUGAAAAUCUUAUCUGUGGAAAUAAAUAGCUGACGUCUUUUUAAGCUAUCAGACAGUUGUAUUUUCUGUGAAAUAAUUAAGGAUAAAACCCUAUUGUAUAGUUAUAAAUUGUGAAAGAUGGAAAACAGAUAUGAAUCAAGAAAAACAAGGAAAAUAUACCGUCAACAAUGGCGAAUGCCAACUAGAAACCUUUGUAGCAAUUAACGAGUGUAUAUUAAUAACUUCACAUUGAAUGUUUUACAAAUGUAAAGUAUCGACGAACGAAAACAAAAUCAAUUCUAAAUUGAUUGCCUAUUUUAUUAUUUCUUUUACUAGGUCCAAUUUCUAUCUCAAAAAAUGUUUUAUAAAAUGUGAAUAUCAUGUGAAAUGCGAAUGAGUUCUAGAUUGAGCCUAAGUAACAUCAUAUUGCAUUAUAUUCCCAUUUGAACACAAUAGCUGAACACUUUGAAAAAGCAUUUUACUUGAAGUUUUGAUUUGGUCAAAACAAUUGUUUCUGCAUCCAAUGGUAUAAUACAAUCGGAUGCAGAAACAAUUGUUUUGGUCACUAUACAACCUUUCUAUACUGUCCAAAGGUUAUCGUUUGCCUACAUUGUACAUUAAAUUAUUUGAUUUGUUCAAAAUGAUUCUUUAAUAAACAAUGACCGAUUAAUAACCAUUUGGGCUUGUAUUUAUAAAACCAAAGAAUUAACAAAUUUCAUCAAAUUUAUCGUUUACAUGUUUAGCUGUAACACAAUCCUCACAUGUUUUUUUUUUAUUAAAAGCUUUCAAAUAAUUUUCUCUAGAAUUUUGUUGUUUGAAA